CUAGUUAUAUUUCUCACCGUCUCGAAUUUUUCACAAGUGGUUUUACCUGUUUCCUUCCAAUACCAAGCUUACUCUGAAUCGCCGCCGUGUUACAUGUACUGUUGUUAAGGCCGAGAGAUAGAUAAAAAAAAAUAUUUGUCCGAUUUCGCCGCCGCUCCCUAUAAUCUUUGUAGCUUCUUCUUAUUUAGCCGGAGGUGAAAAGAAAGAAGAAAGUCCAAGUGUCUCUUGUCAUCUCUUUGCUCCAAUAGUUUUGAUUUUUAGUUACUAGUCAUAGCAGAAUAAUGGAGGGGAGAUUGGCUAAUAUGUGGAGGUUGACUGUUAACGAAAGUAAAUUCGUGGAAACUGCGUUGCAAUCUGAGCUCAGAGUCGAUGGUCGUGGCCUUUAUGAUUACCGCAAGCUUACUAUUAAGUUUGGAAAAGAAUAUGGUAGCUCGGAAGUUCAACUUGGUCAGACUCAUGUAAUGGGUUUUGUGACUGCUCAGAUGGUACAACCUUACAAAGACAGACCUAAUGAAGGUUCUCUAUCUAUCUUCACGGAGUUUUCUCCAAUGGCUGAUCCGUCUUUUGAGCCUGGUCGUCCUGGCGAAUCUGCUGUGGAGUUGGGACGCAUUAUCGAUCGUGGUCUAAGAGAAAGCCGUGCCGUAGAUACCGAGUCACUCUGCAUUCUAGCUGGAAAGAUGGUUUGGUCUGUUCGCAUUGAUCUUCAUAUCUUGGACAACGGAGGGAACUUGGUUGAUGCUGCAAAUAUUGCUGCUUUAGCAGCUCUCAUGACGUUUAGGAGACCCGACUGCACUGUAGGAGGAGAGAACGGUCAAGAAGUGAUCAUACAUCCACCAGAGGAAAGGGAACCACUUCCAUUGAUAAUACAUCAUCUCCCAAUAGCCUUCACGUUUGGAUUUUUUAAUAAAGGCAACAUUGUGGUGAUGGACCCAACUUAUGUUGAAGAAGCAGUUAUGUGUGGGAGAAUGACUGUGACAGUUAAUGCCAAUGGCGAUAUAUGCGCAAUCCAAAAACCGGGGGAAGAAGGCGUGAACCAGAGUGUAAUUCUUCAUUGCCUGCGUCUUGCUUCUUCAAGAGCUGCUGCAACAACAAAGAUCAUUAGAGAAGAAGUUGAAGCAUAUAACCGUGAGAGAAGCUUACAGAAGGUAAAGCGACAUCCCACUUUGGCUAAAUCUGAAGUUUCUGGACCUACUGUAGCUGUGAAGGAGGAAUAUAGGAAGUCCUCAGAUCAGGAAAAAGCUGCAGAGAUAUCUCGGGAACAUGUUGAAAGACUAAAGCUCUCUCCAGAGGAACUAAGAAGCAGUAAGGAACAAGAAGCUACCAAUUUUAAAGGCGGUCCCUCAAAUUGGGACCCUUACUCAGAAGCUAUGGAUGUUGAUUCACUGAAAGUUUCUCUUGCUUCAGAAGGGGAUUCCAUUACUAAGUCAUCGAGCAAGAAGAAAACGAAUGGCUCUGGAAAUGCGCAGAAGGAUGGUGGUGAGAUUUCAGUUGAGGAAGUAACCGGAGAUUUAGGGAAGAAGGAUACAAAACACAAGGAUGGAGAGAUGACACUGAAAGAUGCUGUCAAACCUAAAAAGAAGCGGAAAAACAAAACCUGAGUUAAAGCAUUUUCCCGAUCACUCUUUUACUUUCUUCUUCCCUUGAAACUCAAGACUAGAGACGGUUUUAGGUCAAUUGUAUCUGAAAAGUCAAGAGUUUUGUUUCAUAAGAUGAGAGGACCAUGAUAACCCAGUAGAUGAGAUUUCAAGAGACUAUAUUAAAGUGACCAUA